CCCGGCCCGCCCUCAGGAAGAGAGCCGGGGCCACCCCCGCUCCCGUGGCGCGGCCGCGCCUCAGCGCCUGACGGAGGGUGGCAGCCGAAAUGGCCGCCGCCCUGCGGGGUGCCCUCUGCGCCUGCCUCCUGCUCUGCGUUUCUGGAAUAGUGCCCAAACCCCAAAACACAAGGAUUAAUUCAGUUAAUCUUCAGAGCAUUUUACAGUGGGAUCCACCUAGGUUUCACAAUGGCAAUUUAAGGUAUACUGUCCAGUCUAAGAGUGUCAAUUUGCCUAAAGAUGACUUUAAAAAUUUGAGAACAAAUUUGAGUCUCUCAGAGUGCGACAUCUCUUCUCUGUCUGUUUAUGGAGACUAUGUGUUACAGGUCAGAGCGGAGUCAGAAGAUAAACAUUCAAACUGGGCAGUCAUCAGAUUUAAGCCAAUGGAUGACACAAUCAUUGGGCCACCUGAUGUAAAAGUGAAGUCUGAGUCGGGGUCUCUGCACGUGGAUUUCACAGGCCCUGUUGCUGAACGUGAGCAUGACAGGUGGUCUUUAAGGCAAUAUUAUGGCUCAUGGCACUACAGAUUGCUGUACUGGAAGAAAGGCAGCAACACAGAGGUAAUUCACAUAGAUACUAAGCAUAACUCUGAAAUAUUAUCUCACUUGGAGCCAUGGACAGUAUAUUGUAUUCAAGUGCAAGCAGUUAUUCCUGAGUGGAACAAAACGGGGGAACUGAGUCAAGAGCUUUGUGAGCAGACCACCCACAACGGUGUAACUCCUGUGUGGAUAAUUGUGAUUCUUCUUUUAGGGUCAAUGCUGGCUUUUAUAAUACUUGUUCCUGUUUGUUUCUUUUGCUUGUUGUAUCUAUAUCGAUUCACCAAACAUGUUUUCUGCCCUUCGUAUGUUUUCCCACAACACUUGAAAGAGUUUUUGAACAAGCCUCCUAGUGGUUCACAGUUUUUUUCUCCACUUCCACAAGAAGAGCAUCAUUUUUAUGACAAGUUAACCAUCAUUUCAGAAGAAUCUAAAAAUCCAAGUGAUGAGACUGUGGAUGAGGCCAGCAAAACAACAGAGCACCAUCAGGACUCUAAACAAGAAGUUUCUGAUUUAAAUAUAUUACCAGCUUCAGAAAGGGACUAAAUACACUCCUCAUACUUCAGUCAGGUUGAAAGAAAAGCGAAGGCCGUUGAAGUUUAUCUUAUUGCUGUAUUCUUAAGACACCCAAAAUUUAUACGUGAAGCUCUGAAUACAAUCAUUAAUUUUUAAAGUGCAAGAAACUUGACUAUAGAUGAGGAGUUAAACUAUAUGUAUUUUUGCCACUGUUUUUAGUGGCUCACUGUUCAGUUGUAGCAAUACCUAGGACUAUGUUAUGACGUUAAUUUAAAAGCAAGUAUCAGAUUCGUGAUACUAGCUAAUGUAACUGAUGAACUAUUUAUUGCAAAAGCUAAUCAAAAUGGCAUACUGUAUAAGGUUUGUAAAAGAUGAUUAUAUUUUCCAAAGAAAGAGUUGAUCGGACUUAUUUUUUUAAUGAGAAGUUGUGUGUAUUUCUUAAUAUAUCCUUAGUGGUGUAAUCUUUCUAUUGUUUUUUUAACCUCAUGCAAGAUUAUAAAGUCAUGCACAGUAAGUUAUGUACCAACGUAAUAAAACAAACACGAAUAUUCAGUGUU